AUGGCUGUUGUUUCUCCGAAGAGUUCCAAGAGGAAGGCCUCGGAGGAGGCCGCUUCCCCGGAUUCUCAGCACCAGGGCAAGAAGGCGCGGACUGACUCCCCCGAAAAAGAGGAAGAUGGCCCCGCGCGAAAGCCGCCGCUGCGCAUUGUGCCCUUCCCCGAGAAACCCGCUGUCCUCGAAGAGCGCCGAGGUGAUAUCGAGUUCCGUGUGGUCAACAACGAUGGAUCGCACGACAGCUUCAUUGUCCUGACGGGCCUAAAGUGUAUCUUCCAGAAGCAGCUCCCCAAGAUGCCCAAAGACUACAUUGCGCGGCUGGUUUAUGAUCGUUCACACUUGUCUAUCGCAAUUGUGAAGCAUCCGCUGGAGGUUGUGGGAGGCAUUACGUACCGGCCUUUCAACAGUCGCAAGUUUGCCGAAAUUGUAUUCUGCGCCAUCUCGUCCGACCAACAAGUCAAAGGCUACGGUGCUCAUUUGAUGUCCCAUCUUAAGGAUUACGUGAAAGCGACCUCCCCGAUCAUGCACUUCCUCACCUACGCCGACAACUACGCCAUUGGUUACUUUAAGAAGCAGGGAUUUACCAAGGAAAUCACCCUCGACAAGUCCAUCUGGAUGGGAUACAUCAAGGAUUACGAGGGUGGAACCAUCAUGCAGUGCACCAUGCUGCCCAAGAUCCGGUACCUCGAAAUGGGUCGGAUGCUCCUCAAGCAAAAGGAAGCCGUGCAGGCCAAGAUCCGUGCCUUUAGCCGAUCGCACAUUAUCCACCCUCCGCCCAAGGAGUGGAAGAACGGGGUCCACAAGAUCGAUCCCCUCGCCAUUCCUGCGAUCAAGGAAUCCGGAUGGUCUCCCGACAUGGACGAACUGGCUCGCCAGCCUCGCCAUGGUCCGAACUACAACCAACUGCUGCACCUGCUGAAUGAUAUGCAGAACCACAGCUCAGCUUGGCCGUUCACCCAGCCCGUGAAUCGCGACGAGGUGCCCGACUAUUAUGAGGUCAUCCUGGAACCGAUGGACUUGUCCACCAUGGAAGAGAAGCACGAGAAGGACAUGUACCCGACUCCUCAGGACUUCACCAAGGAUGCGAUGUUGAUCUUCGACAAUUGCCGCCGGUAUAAUAACGAGAGUACCCCGUACGCUAAGAGUGCAAAUAAACUCGAGAAGUUCAUGUGGCAGCAGAUCCGGAACAUUCCCGAGUGGUCGCAUCUUGCCGAGGGGCACUAA